UUUGGUUUUAGUUUUUGUUGCGGAGAGCGUUGAAGGGUUGCAAUUGCAGAGUCUCUCUCUUCUGAUCCUACACCAACGCAUCAUACUCUUCGUCCUCCCUACCUUACUCUUGGGCUGCGAUCCCCGUUGGGAUUCAAACGAGGAUUACUGUUGUCUCUUGUAGCAGAAGCCAUAAAGAUUACAAUGGAAUGGGCGGACAAGGCUGUUGGAUUUCUAUUGUCGUAUAUCAGUUUAUCUAUAUUCACUUAUUAUACCUUUUGGGUCAUUAUUCUGCCAUUUGUGAACAGUGAUCACUUUAUCCACCGGUAUUUUUUACCCCAAGAAUAUGCCAUCUUAAUCCCUGUAUUUGCUGGCAUGGUGCUUCUUUGCUUUCUCUCCAUAUUCAUUGGGUAUGUGAUGCUCAAAUCCAAAAAGAAGAAAGCUUGAUGCAUAUAUUUGCAGUUUUGAUUCUCUGGAGAUGAAUUGGAGCACUACUUUUUGUAGGGAUUUAGUUCCGAAAUGGACAGUCUUACAUGUUGGUCAGAUAAUCUGUAUUUCACUUUCAUAGCCUCUUCUUUGUGGUUUCUAAUUUGAAGGAUAUAUCCAUGACAUUAAUAUAUGUGGUGUGUUUAGAGAUGGAAUGGCCCAAACUUGUGCCUCAUCUCUUAGAGGCUAGUCUGUUUUCAAAUAUGAUUUAUGUAAGUUAGUAUUGUUUGUGACCAAUGUAAACCAUGAAGUCAGAGUAACAUGAUACCCAGACAAGUUGGUACAAAAAGCAUUUCUGCAGGUGCAUUGUCAAACUUGUUUCAAUUUGAAAAACAAGCGAGUCAAAUGAUCAAUUGUUGCAAUAGAUUCAUGCAUCUCAGACAGGUGUGCAGAGUAUUUGCCUUUCCAUAGAAGGCAAUCUCGGACUUGUAAUAAAACUAUACCAUUGUUGAAACAUUGUUCUGAUA